AUGGUAAGGAUUGAUCGUAUUCGUCUCGAAUAUACGGAUAGGUCCAAAAAAUUCGCACUAACAGCAGAUGACAAACAAAACGCUUUUGAACGGCAGUACAAUCACAUAUAUGUGGCUAGGUUGCAGGCACUUAAGCGGAGGAUACUUGAUGCCGGAAAGAAACAGAUAGGAGAAAUAGAAUAUAAGCAGUUGGAGGACAUAGAAUUAUUUGAGAAGGCGUUCGUGAUUGGAACAAUUACGAAGAGGAUCAGCAUCAGGCCUAGUGUCUUGAAAGAGAUCGCAGAAGAAGAGUUGAUUGUACCAGAAGACUAUGACGACAGUGAAGUGAUCUCGACCGCAUCAAACAGAGACUUUUUGGAAUUUGAAGAUGAAAAACAGAUUGUUAAAUUAGAAGUGAAGUCGGACGUCUUUAAUGUGGAAAGGAUAAUAUGGCCGACGCCGUGUCCUCAAAACUCUUGGCCAACGAAGAAAACUGGAGGAGUGGUGGCAUUCUUGUCUGGUCUUGAGCUUACCAGCAAUGCAGUUGACAAUGCAAUUGUCGCUACAGCGUUCGAAUUGAUGUCCCGUUGGCUAAACUGUGAACUGUCCCCUACUUGUGAUCCGACAUCAAUAUCUCGUCGAAUCGAUAGAAACAGAGUGAAGCUCGACCUUGUUCCGGGAGUGGGUGAUCCGUGUCCUCAACAGAUGCCUCAGCAGCCGAUACAUCGUGCAUGUCUGCCACGAUCUUCUGCCAGUGGAGCUGCUUUAACGCUUGCCACUAAUCCGUACGAGUUCAGUCUCGCUGGAAUUGAUAUCUUAGCCACAUCUGGCCGAGCUGUUUCUGAUCUUCGACGCCUGAGUGGUGUGAACUCUAGUUGUGACCUUAUCGAGCUUAUGCUUCGUUGGCAACAUAUCGCUCCCACCUGCCCUGAUACGGUUGAUGGAUUUCCUUUCGAAAACCGUGAUCCAUUCAUAAUGGAUGGAACUUUCCCUCAUGUAAUGGUAGUUGGAAAUCAACCACAUCCAGAAUUCAGAUGGUUCGAAAACACCUGUGGGGAACGGUGUCUAAUGAUCUCCGUCCCUCGUUUCUCUCAAACUCAGCUACUUGUUAUGCUAGACCUUGACACUAUGGAUGUGUACUACGAACACUUUUCGGUGGCUUGA